AUGGCAGCUCGAUGGGGGUCAUCAAGGCUUCAGAUGUCCAAAUUGCGUGGCCCCAUUCCUUUCACAUGCCACAGUGUCAGCCACAGUCCCUGGAGCUCACAGCAUGCAAGAGGCACUGGUAAAAUCAGAUGUACUGCUGUGACUGACGCUCUGGAAGAUGCUCCAUCGAGCACUGAGGUAGCUACUCAAAUCGAAGAGUGCAGAGUAAAGACCAUGAAGGAAUUUGGUGUGUUGAAAUUCGAGCUUUUCAAGAGGACAGCCAUAGCUGGGAGUUGCUUUUCUGCCUACUUGUAUCUUGUGGCUUCAGACAAGGCAAGCAUAGCAGCUCUGGUGGGAUCGGUGUCUUGCCUGGCCUAUCUAUGGAUGCUCUGCCGCAGUGUGGAUGCCAUCGGUCCAGAAACAAAGGUGCCCAUGAAAGAGGCAGAAAAGCUCCCUGAAGGUGCUCCUCGCAAAGUGGCCAAAUUGGUGGCCAGCUACAGGCAUGCCCUGCACCCAAGGCUACUGGUCGUGGUGGCGCUGGGCCUGGGAGUAUGGCUGUACAAUUCGCUUUCGGGUGACCCUCUCGAGCCAGGGGAAGAAGGCUGCCUGCUGUUGGGAUUUCUGGUGUACAAGGUGGCGCUGAUACAGUUUUAUUUGGACGCACGAAAAACGAAAUUUGACCCCGAAGAGUUCCUUAAAAGACCCGAUUUUGUGGAGUUGAGCUCGUUUGGGGAUUUGGACGUCUACGGGAGGAAGAAAGAAAAGCCAGAGGACAGGGUAAAGCUCUAG